UGCGAUAGAACUUUUGCAAAGUUGUAAUCAUGUUUUAUGGAGUGGUAUAAAAGAUUGAAACUGAGACUGACUCACAUGCCCUGCAACUUGCUUUUUUGUGUAGAUGUGGAUAGAGGCAUGUAGUCUGGCACUGUACUCUUUAAACAUAGCCAUGGGAAACAUCAUUACUAUGGCUGGACACAACAAAACUACCAACAACUGUUUUAGGGAUGUUCUGAUUGUUAGCAUCGCCGAUAUGCUUUGCCUCAUCUUUGUUGGUUUUGCCUUCUUUGCUAUUAUUGGACAUGUUGCUUACCUACGUGGGGUUCCAGUCGAAGCUUUCGAAUCAUCAGGCUUCAACCUAGCCUUUAUUGUCUACCCCGAAGUCAUGGCGUAUCUCCCUCUGCCACAAGUUUGGUCUGCAAUGACCUUCCUUGCAUUGAUGACCCUUGAAGUGGACUCAAUGUUACCAGGGUUGGAGAUAAUGAUUGCAGCCGUUGAAGACGUAUUUCGUGGACUAGCUAAGCGACGAUGGGUUGUCAUUUGUGUAAUACUGUUGAGCAACUUCCUCUUUGCCCUUCCCUGCACCACACAGGGUGGAAUUUACAUUGUGACUCUGGUGGACUGGUAUACCUACUUCCCUGCCGUAGCAGUAUUUGCCAUGCUGGAAUGCUUUGUUGUUAGUUGGUGUUAUGGUUUAGAGAGACUGAAUCGAGAUAUCAGUGCCAUGUGGGGAAUGAAGGUCCCCCGAGCCAUGAUGCUGUCCAUCAAAUAUGUGUGCCCGCUUUUGUUAUUGGCUAUCUUCUGCUACUCCAUUCACUCCUACCGGCCCCCUAAGUAUGGAGACUACAUCUACCCUACCUGGGCAACAGGAGUCGGAUGGCUGAUAUCAAGCAUUUCCAUAAUACAACUGCCCAUAGUUUUCAUCUGGACUCUGUACCAUACGCCUGGUUCUACGCUAAAGGAGAAAUUACGGACAUCACUUCAACCUUCUGUUCAGUGGCGCCAACGAGCGACGUUUGACAUGAACACUCUACAACCAAUGCAAUCUCUUGAAGGCUGACGAAUAUCGUUCUUGAGGGGAUGUUUAUAAGUAAAUAUAUGAAUGUACAGAAUGUAAAAUAUGUGUUAGAAGAUUUGUUUUUAAAAUUACUGAUUUUAAAGACAAACUUUGCAAAAAGUAUCAAUUAUCAUCUCCGUUUGCUUAUGUCGCAAUUGGUGUCAACGGUGCACAAAGAUGAUCUUAUUUUAUUUUGAUAAGGGUCUGUCCUGAAGGCCACACAAAAGAAGGCCUACAGUAAUGUGUAGAAUUUGCUUUUAAGUAAAUAAAGUUAAGAUGAUUGUUUAUUAUAUCAAUUCCGUCAGAUAUUAGAGUGAGUGAGUUAGGUUUAACGCCGCUUUUAACAGUAUUCCAGUUAUAUCACGGCGUGUCAGCUUAAUGUGGGAGGAAAGCCCGAAGUGAUUCGGGUCUCAGACGUUUACAACCUCGGUGAAUCAAGAAUAGUGUUCGAAGCUGGCAGAAAUACUGUGAUCCAAAUAGGUAUCCUAUGUGUGCAUGACAAGCAGAUUCGAAAAAGGCCUCGAAUUGCCCUAGUGCCGCUUUAUAUACAGCCCUUUAGAAACAUUCCUAUCAAGCAGUUUCUGGAACGACCAAGCCAUGUUCAUAUUCUCAAAUGGUCAGAUAACAAAAUUCCCCCACAAAACCAUUCUGAAAAAAACACAUAUGCUGUUGUUGACUACUUUUCGAUUCUGACCAUGAUAGCAUUGACCUUAUUUUACUGGUAGUUCAAUCAUGUGCGGCCCCUUACCGUUGCGACAAUUCCCACCUGUUUAAAAUUUGUAGAGACAGUGAUAAUUGGUGACGUAAGAUAUAUAUAUAACUUCGCAGGCAGAAUAUGCAAAUGCAACAUUCUAACUUCAAUCCUGAUCCCCAAACCGUUUUGCAUAUUGUUCAAAUAAAUUUACCAAUCCUAAAGUUAGGCAAUAAAAAGUGCCUAAAUUAAACACAUCUUACAAAUUAUUAACUUCUAAAACUUCUCAUGCCGUGAAGGCGUUUGCACAAAUCGACAUUAGUGCUCAGUUUGAUGUAGCGCUUACACUUCUAAAUUUUCUAGGUGUGACAGUAUCCAAAUGCAGAUAAUCGAUGUUAAACAAAAUCUUGAUUGAAACGAGGUCAAACAUGAAACACAUGAAUUACACAGAUUGGUUGCCAUGACGGUGGGGGAUUAGUUUUCCAGUUGUACUCCCCUAUGCAAAUAAAGUACAUAUUAAAUAAACAUGAAAAGCUACAGAAGGUUGGGCCCUUACAGAUGAUCAACAGAGACGCAGGAAGCUUGUCUAUAUACAUAUGUCGUCGGGGGACCUCCAAAUGUUGAUGCGUCGCUAUAUAAGUGCAAUAAUCUUGGACGCGACGUUAAACCCCAUUUCACCAUCACCACCACCACCAAAUGUUGAUGACCCUCUCUGCACCCAAACACUUGGCGAAAAUCUUCAGAAAACUUGCCAAACUGUCUCGGGUAUUAUUCCAAUGGUAUUAUGUACGUUAUAGUUACAUGAUGAUAGGCUGUGUAUACAAAAUGUCAGGGAUCUGUCGCGCACGAUAGAUCGCGGAUAUUUUGAAUAUACUGACAAAUGUCAGUCAUGUAACUGUAUUAUCCCAUGGCUGCAGAGCAUGCUCCUUUGUGAAAAGGGCACAUCCACACGAAUUUCUUUCUGCCGUGUAAUAUUCAUUUCUAAAUGAUUGACAAUGAGGGCCAAACCUUCCUAAUCAGAUCACGAAUGUCGGUAUCCUUUUGUGUCAAAGUUGUAUCGGUAAGCCUGGUAUCGGUCAACUCAUUUGCCGAGUAACCAAUCAGCGAUGCCAAAAAGGGUGGCGGAAUUUCAGGUACAACAUAUCUGAAUGUAAGUGCCUGUUUUCGAGCAUGGCAUUUCUCGCCAUGACGACAUCAAAUGAAAUUACGCAGAUUAUUGAUUAUGCAUGCCGUGAAGGCGUUUGCACAAAUCGACAUUAGUGCUCAGAUUGAUGUAGCGCUUACACUUUUAUCUAGGCUUACAGUAGUUGACGGGCUAAGAUUGAGUUUCGUAAGUUGGCAUUUGGAAAGAAGGAAGUUCCGGGCUGCCAAAACGUACAUGGAACAAUAAACGAUGAAUGCAUAUCCAUGUAUCAAGUGCACACAAUAAAAUGGGGACCAGUUUGUGUUUUGUUUGAGUGAAUAGUGAGGAGCAUUUGGAAUACCAUAGAGUUUCGUUGACAGAACAUUCUCGACUUGAUAAUAGCUGAUUGUGAACAGAUAAUAUUAGUAUGUUUUGCAUUGGUAUCUCAGUGUAUUUGACACAAUUGCCAUGCGAAUGUGAGCACUAUGAUAUUGCUGAGGUAUUGUCUUAAAUUAAAAAACCCCAAAUAAUCCAAGUGAUAGAAGACCCUAUUAUUAUUAAGACAAA